UGGCCACCGGACAUCAUGCCUCCCAAGAAGGAUGUUCCUGUGAAGAAACCAGCAGGGCCCUCUAUCUCCAAGCCUGCUACCAAGCCAGCAGCAGGGGCACCUCCAGCCAAGACCAAGGCUGAGCCAGCAGCAGCUGUUCCUUCAGCCCCUGAGAAAACUUGGGAGCCCCCCAUCAAUCUCUCCAAAGUGGUGAUCCAGUUUAACAAGGAUCAGCUGGAGGAGUUCAAGGAGGUCUUUGAGCUCUUUGACCAAGUAGGGGAUGGCAAGAUCCUGUACAGCCAGUGUGGAGAUGUGAUGAGGGCCCUGGGCCAGAACCCCACCAAUGCUGAGGUGCUCAAGGUUCUGGAGAACCCCAACUGUGAUGAGCUGAAGUCCCAGCGUGCGGACUUUGAAACUUUCCUGCCCAUGCUCAAGGCAGUGUCCAAGAACCGAGACCAAGGCACAUAUGAGGACUACCUGGAGGGGCUUCGGGUGUUUGACAAAGAAGGGAAUGGCAAAGUCAUGGGAGCAGAGCUCAGACAUGUCCUCACCACCCUGGGAGAGAAGAUGACUGAAGAGGAAGUAGAGACAGUCUGGCAGGACAUAAAGACAGCAACGGCUGCAUCAACUAUGAAGCAUUCCUGA